AUGAGUGCUUUCACAGCGUACGAAGGAGACGACUACCCUAACCAACUUCCCCUUUAUCUCCCCCCGGCAGCUCUCACAAUCGAGAAUGCGGACGAUAGGUUCGGAGUCGCGGAUUAUCGUGCUUGGGGCGAUUGGCGCUCGACGGAUUAUUUCCCGCACAAUGGGUUCGUGAAGCUUGGACCUAACAAACGUGAAUUCGCUGUCGCGAUGUUCCAUCAAAUGCACUGUCUCCAGAUGAUGCGCGAGGGAGUAAUCUCAGGCAAAUCCUCCCGCCACGUCCGGCACUGCUUCAACCUCCUCCGACAAGCAGUCCUCUGCGCUGCCGACAUAACGCUCGAUCCCCUCGACGCUAUACACAACGGCGUACCAACAGGCGCAGACGGGUUGGGGACGACGCAUGUGUGUCGGGAUUGGACGAAAGUAUACGAUUUUGUGUGGGAGAAUCAGAGGGACGUUGAGUUAUGGGCUGAGUUUGAGGACCGGAGACCAGAAUGGAACGGCAUAGGUUCCAUUGGGAGUCAAAGAGAAAUGCUCCACUAG